AGUGCCGAGCUCCGUGCACAUGCUGCAGUGCGCCGUAGCCCACACAGACGUACAUCUAAGUCAGUAGACCUCUAAUUUUAGAAGAUCCAUCAUGUUCGGCUUAUUAGGAGGAGGCAGUGGCUUUAUUGGAACAGCCAUCAGGAGGUUACUUCUCCAGAGGGGGCAUGGAGUAAUGCUUGUUUCAAGGACAGCAGGAAAGGAUAAGAUCACUUGGGACCAGUUACGUGAAGACGGGUUACCAGAAUGUGAUGCAGUCGUCAGUUUAUCUGGAGAAAAUAUCCUCAACCCUCUGAAAAGGUGGACAGAAUCAUUCAAGCAAGAGGUGACUGACAGCCGUGUGAAGACUACAGCAGCACUUGCCAAGGCAAUCACAGAAGCUAGUAAACCACCCAAGGUCUUUGUAUCAACUUCAGGUGUUGGCUACUACCCACCCAGCUUGACAGCGGAGUACACAGAGGACAGUCCUGGUGGGGAUGCUGAUUUCCUGUCUAGACUCUGCACAGUGUGGGAGAACAGUGCUAAGCUACCGGACAGCCAUAGCCACGUCAAGCAGGUGAUCGUACGAACAGGUGUUGUUCUUGGUCGCGAUGGAGGUGCCAUUCAGCAAAUGAUCUGGCCCUUCUGGCUUGGAGUCGGUGGCGUCAUGGGGUCUGGUAGCCAGUACUUUGCCUGGAUUCACAUCGACGACAUAGCUGGCAUCUUUGUCCAUGCCAUCGAGAGCCCUGAUCCCCCGUCGAUCCUGAACGGAGUGGCCCCAACACCCAUCACCAACCGAGAAUUCACCAAGGCGUUUGGGUCGGUGCUGUGCCGGCCAACCAUCUUGCCUGUGCCCAGUUUUGCCAUCAACUUGGCUUUUGGAACGGAGAGGGCUGCGAUGCUUCUGGAUGGGCAGAAAGUGCUUCCAAAACAAACUCUGGAAUGUGGGUAUGAAUUUCAGUUCCCCACUAUUGAAAAAGCCCUGAAAAAUAUCACAAGCUGAAUAGCUGAUAUGUUGAGAGAACCAAAAUAAAAACCCACACACACACAAAAGUGCUCUUUCUUUAAUUGCUGGGCUUCUUGCAAUAUUGCAGCUUCGACUUACAGUGAUCACUUAUUACUGUGGCUUGAUCUUCUGAAGCUUGAUUUCAAUUUCAGAUUGCUAAUGGAGAAGUACUGUUUGCUCUAAAUGUAGUGUUGAAGCAACAGUUCAGAGUUCAAAUUGGUCACAAGUCCUCUGGCUUGGCUAAGUCUGUCUUCGGAAUCGCCCUAGCUUGUUUUAACAAGCAGGAUGCUUGAGCACAAUGUACUGCCUUCCCCUCAGAAGCUAGUCAGCAGUCAUCAUUUUGACGCUGAGGGUAUUUGACUCAACAUCUCUUCCUUUGGCCUGUCUUGACUGAUGCUAUUGCAAGGUGGCUAGUCUGUGAUAAGAUCCUACUUGUGGCUAUCUGUGCUAUCUGCGAGUUAAAAAAGAUGGCAAACUGGAAGAGACAAAUUGCAUUUUGCAGUGCUUGCAUAUAGCAAGCUUGUUAAGUUUUAAACUCAUCUGUUCAUUUCUGCUUAUUCAUAUGAUGCAAGAUAUGGGGCGGAGGGAACCCCCCCCAGCCUUUUGUGUUGGUCAUUGUUUGAUCGGAAUCUCAGG